AUGGUAUACCUGGAAGAGAAAAUGUUCAGGAGUCGCGUAGGUGAGCCCGGGAGUGGCAGUACAUCGGUGCGCGGGGGCCGCGGCUGUCGCUGUUCCGCGCUGUCGGGGAGAGUUGCUGACCUAGCGGAUACAGACGGGAUUUGUGCCGGUGUCAGCAGCGGGGCAGAGACAGGCGGGGGCCGUGUGCCGGUGUCGGGCGGCUUCGGUGGUGGACGCGGGGACGUGAAGACGCAUGGCGGGGACUGGACAGUGGCUGGGCUGGGCGGUGGCAGAGGCGACGCGGGUGUCAGCAGCUGUAGAGCCGGGGUCCCGUUCCCGUCCUUACUCUCCCCCCCGCGGUUUGAGAGGCUGGCACGGGGGGGUGGCACGGGGGGCCCGGGGACGGCGGAGGCAGGAGCGCCGGCGCUAGAAGCUGUGACUGCGCAUGCGUGGAUGGCGUCAGCGCCGCAGGGCAGCAUGGGGGAGUGGUGUACGGCAGCGGGCAUUUCGGAUCGGCCCGCGCCGCACCGCACAGAUCGGUGUCGCUGCACGGCGGCGGCGGCGGGGCCGGCGGCACCACGGGCGCCGGGAAAGCGGAGCCCGCGGGGCACCAAGGCGGCGCGGGCGGCACGGAGGGGGUCGCCGGCGCUCCUGCCUCCGCCGUCCCCGGGCCCCCCGUGCCACCCCCCCGUGCCAGCCUCUCAAACCGCGGGGGGGGAGAGUAAGGACGGGAACGGGACCCCGGCUCUACAGCUGCUGACACCCGCGUCGCCUCUGCCACCGCCCAGCCCAGCCACUGUCCAGUCCCCGCCAUGCGUCUUCACGUCCCCGCGUCCACCACCGAAGCCGCCCGACACCGGCACACGGCCCCCGCCUGUCUCUGCCCCGCUGCUGACACCGGCACAGAUCCCGUCUGUAUCCGCUAGGUCAGCAACUCUCCCCGACAGCGCGGAACAGCGACAGCCGCGGCCCCCGCGCACCGAUGUACUGCCACUCCCGGGCUCACCUACGCGACUCCUGAACUGCCCUGCACCACCACCAGCAGCCACGAAAGACGGGGGAGAACGGGAGUGA